AUGGCAGCCGAAUAUGAUUUGCUCGUCAUCAAUGGAGUAGUGGUUUCGGAAACAGAUAUCCAAGAGUUGGAUAUCGCCAUCAGAGAUGAGAAGAUUGCAAAGGUAGUCCCAAGAGGGGGUCUGGGAGAUGCCAAAGCAACAAAGAUAAUAGAUGCCGAGGGGGGAUACGUGAUGCCAGGAGGUGUAGAUGCACAUGUCCAUCUCCAAGAACCCCCAUUAUUCGGCCAGGGAUCAACAGCAGACAACUACGAGACAGGCAGCCGAUCAGCCGUAUGCGGAGGCACAACAACCAUGAUCACAUUUGCGCCUCAAAAAAAGACCGAAGACACCCUUCUCGACACCCUAGCCGCAACUCACGAACGGGCAAAAGACAACUGCUACAUCGACUACUCCUUCCACAUCAUCGUCGGCAACCCCUCCCCAAAAGCCCUCUCAGAAUUUCCCAUCCUCCGCGCCGAAGGCAUUUCCUCCCUCAAAAUAUACAUGACCUACGAAGCCCUCCAACUCCACGACGGCCAAAUCCUCGACAUCCUCCUCCACGCCCGCACCCACUCCAUCACCACCAUGAUCCACGCGGAAAACGGCCAAGUAAUCGACUGGAUGACCACACAGCUCGAAAAGCGCAAACUCUUCGCCCCAAAAUACCACGGCUCCUCGCACCCACCCAUGGCCGAAACAGAAGCCACCUACCGCGCAAUCUCCCUCUCCGAAUUCAUGGACACGCCCAUCCUAAUCGUCCACGUCUCCACUCCCUCCGCAACCUCUCACAUAAAAUCCGCGCAAGACCGCAACCUACCAAUCUACGCAGAAACCUGCCCGCAAUACCUCUUCCUCACCUCGUCCUCGCUCUCGGCCCCAGGUUUCGAAGGCGCAAAAUGCGUCUGCUCGCCUCCACCCCGCGCCAGCACCGCCGACUGCGACGCCAUCUGGGACGGCCUCUCCAACGGCACCUUUACAAUCCUCUCCUCGGACCACUGUCCCUUUCGCUACAACGACUCCGUUUCCGGCAAGAAAACCAGCAUCUCCGAAGCCUACCCAGACGGUCACUUCAAAUACAUACCAAACGGCUGCCCAGGCAUCGAAACACGGCUCGCACUCACCCUCAGCGCUGACCGCCUUCCCUUGCCGAAAUUCGUACAACUAACGGCGGCAAAUCCGGCGAAGCUAUAUGGACUUUACCCCAGAAAGGGUGCGUUGCAAGAGGGCGUGUCGGAUGCGGAUUUGGUAGUGUGGUAUCCAGAGGGCAUAAUGAAGCCGUUUGAGCUCAGGAAUGACAUGUUGCAUCAUGAUGUGGAUUAUACGCCGUUUGAAGGGAGGACCAUGACGCAGUGGCCGCGGUGGACGGUGUUGAGGGGGAAGGUGGUGUGGGAUAGGGAGCAUGGCGGGUUAAAGGGUGAGAAGGGGUAUGGUCGGUUUGUCAAAAGGGAGGCGAGUAGUCUUGCUAAGCCGAGGAAUGAGGGUGAGUGGGUUUUGCCGUUGUAG